AUGCUUGCCAUGUUCGCCGGGUCGACUACCUCUGACCCUACAGAUCCCGGUCUCAACACGUCGCAAGAGCUGCAGAACCCAGAGCAACAGCAACCACAGUCACCACCACCACAUGAGCCUGAGUUCUCCUCGCCUCCUCCGCCCCCUCCUCCUGCCCUCUCCGUCUCCACCCCAGACGAUUCCUUCACCAGACGCCUCAAAUCCAAAUCCUCCCUACGCAGCGUGCGGAGUUUCGGCAGCAGUCUAAACGACGAAGAUCCCUCCGAUGAGACGCCCGAACAGCCCGGUUCCGACAAAUCCCUCAUCCGCCCGUCUAUCCUGCGGCGACUGUCUCCGGGCCUGGCAGCUCGCGUCAAACUCCUAGACGGCAGUCACACCAAGAGCCCGGCCAAUUCUCGCAGCCCCGGCGCCGUGGGCCGCAUCCCCGAAGAGCACAUUAAAGAGCUGGAUACUCUGCACCAGAACCUGUCGACGUCGAUCAAGGUGGAGAGGAAAGGUCGCUCGUGGAAUGCUCUCCAUUUGAUUGGCAAGGACAAGAAACAUCAGGGUGGUUCCUCCGACCUCCUGGAAGUUAUCGAGCCGGAGUUCUUAGACGUGCCGUCGACGGAGUCGUUGGAACGCGAGGCCUUGGACGAACCCACGCUAUUGCCUUCGGAGACUGACGCGCAGCUUGUUGAGCACGCCGCCGCAGAAUCUCCAGUCGCCGAAUCGGUCGAACCGGUAGACGCAGUUGAUACUACUAAUACGAUAGAGACCACCGAAACGUGGAACCCCGUGGAGACCUCACCCGCCGAACCAGAAGUCCAACCACCGGCCAUGUCAGUCGCAGAACCUUUGCCGGCAUCGACGUUACCCGCGCCCGUCGAAUCGAUCCCAGAGACGGAGCCGGAGCCGGAGCCUGCCACGCAAGAACCGACGGAUUUCGAAAAGUACAUCCAGAGCACCAGCGAAAAAGAUUCCGACAACCCCCCGCCCCCUCCUCCCAAAGACUCCCCUCCAGAAUCGGAUAGCAACUCCGCCUAUUUCCGUCCUAGCAGCCUACACCGCGCCGAUUCGAUCUUCUCCUUCUCGCGAGCCUCCUUCAGCAACCAACUCUCCCAACUCACCUCCAUAUCUCUGCCACAGGCCUCGUCGUUAGCGUCGAGCAUUGCCGCCAUCCCGACCGCACCCUCGGCCGUGAAGUCUCUAACGGGAGCCGCCGAUCAGAUCCAGAUAUGGAUCAAAAAGGCGACCAGCGUGCUGGAGGGCCUGGAUGCGGACGAUGACGUGGAGUGGGCGGCCGCCGGAGGGCGCGACGGUCUGGACGACGUGGACAACGCCAUUAUGACGUUUGAGGGCCUCAUCAACGUGUAUGUGAAAGCGAUCGAAGACGUGCAACUCCGACCGGACAUCGAGAACGUGGCGUCCGAAAGCUUGAAGACGAUUGUCACGCAGAUGGACUUUAUCAUUCAGCACUGGACGCAGAUCAAAUCGCGCCUGCGAUCCGUGAAGAGCCAGGUGGAACUGGCCAUGGAGUGGGAAGAGCUCUGGAACAACAUUCUCGGAGACGUUGGCGCGGAGGUCGGGAACCUCGCCCAGCUGAUCUUCCAGAUGGAGGAGAAACGGCACUUGGUCAUGGAGGGCUCGCAGUCGCCGGGAAGUACCGGCGGCGUCGAUAUCAACGAACUGGAGACGAUCGUGGAGGAAACGCCCGGCGGCAACCGAGCCAGCAAACGACUCAGCGUGGAACCCAUCUUCAACGUUCCGCCCACCCUCGACACCCCUAUCAUCCACACGCCCCAGGAGGAUAACUUCCACGGGGACCUGAUCGGACUGUUCGCUCGCAUUCAGCCGCUGCGGGCCUCGUUGGAUUUCCUGCCCAUGCGCUUGUCCAUGUUCCAAGCACGGGCCGAUGCGGUAUUUCCCAGCGCCUGCCAGGAUCUUCAGCAGGGCAUCGAACGGCUGGAAGGGCGAUACAAGAUGCUGGAGAUGGAAGCUGAGGACCUGCGCAAGGAACUCAGCGAGGAUCGGUGGAUUCUGGUGUUCCGCAACGCCGGCGGACAGGCGCAGAAGAUGUUCCAAUCCGUGGAGCGGAGCAUCGCCAAACUGCAGGAGGCACUGGAGUCAGGAGCCGUGUUCAACAAUCCCGCCGGGCUGGCUAAGCGCAUCGAAAGCUACGAGGCCAAGAAACAGCACUACGUGGCGGCGAUCGAGCGCGUGGUCUCGAUCAUCCAGAAGGGGGUCAAGGACCGCCUGACUCUAAACGGGGAGACCCUGACGCUCUUAUCGGACAUGACGUCUAGGCUGGAUGCGCUGAAGGCUAGUAUCAAAGUGAUGGACGCCUCGUUGGAUGACGUGCACGUCGCCCGGAGCCAGCACUUGCGUGAUUCGAUCUCGAGUAUCGUCACGAUGGACAGCCCGGCAACCGGCAGCGUGGUCGAUACGCCGGGCAGCUCGCCGGCCUCGUCGGUGGUGAUGACGCCGGCCAACCCGCGCAAAGGAGCGUCGACGCCGAUAGGAUCCAGUCGACGGGGCAGUUCCGUCAGCUCGGCGGCUCGCACGACCAUGUCCAAGGUCCGUCGCUACUCCGGGCUCCCCCAGGCCACCGCCACGUUGACGGGGAAGAAGUCGGCGCUCCCCAAGCCCUCGUUUGGAGGAUCUCCCACGAAGAACGGUUCAACGACGCCGACUCCGGUGGGCCGCAAACCGGUGGCGCGCCCUGCGGCACCUCCCAUCCCCAACCGUCCGCGAUGGAAUAUCGCCACGAACACCACCGAUCUGGACCAGUACAAAACCACUCCAUUUCGGAAGUCCUCUGCCCCUAACCCCACCAUCAACGGCCGUACGCCGCGGCCCUCCUCCACGCUCCCUUUCUCCCGGUCGACGCGACGGGAUCUCUCGGCCUCUCCGGCACCCUCCGCCGGUCGAUCUGUCAGCCGCGUUUCUAGCCGGCUUACGUCGCGCAGCCCAGCGCCUCCGCCGUCUCCUUCUCCCGGCUCUUCUCUUCUGGAUCCUCCGCCGUAUAGCAAGCUGCGACGACCAGCGGGCACAGAACACAUGGUCAACACGCCGCGCAACCGGCAAAGCUUUGCCGGCACGCCUUUCAACCGCAGCGUCUCGCAGCAGUAUAGCAAUGGGUUGCUCAGUCCGACCAAGGCUGAUCGUCCAGGCACCGCCCUGGGUCAUUCGGGCAGCCGUCGCAUCAGCCUACUUCCUCUGCCUAAGGGCCGUUCCGGACGUGACAGCGCUGCGGAGAAUCGUAGUAAGCUUCCUGAGCGGCCGCGGUGGCGUUAG